CUUCUAGUUUAUAUAUAUUGUUGAAUAAUCAUUGUAAAUGAUAUCAACACUUCUUCUCUACAAUUUUCCUUUAGUGUCAUACAUCUUUUUUUAUUUUCAAGUCUUUAGUAAAAUGGGUCUAAAGUCUGUAUUGUGUGCUAAGAUAGAAAUGAAGGCUAAUAAGGAUGUGUUUUAUGAUGUCUUUACAAAUAAACCACAUCAUGUCUCUAUUAUGUGCCCUUUUCAUGUACAAGGUUGUGAGCUUCUUGAGGGUGUCUUUGGAACGGUUGGAUCCAAAAUUUGUUGGACGUAUACCCUUGAAGGAAAAGAGAAGAUUUCGAAGCAGGUAAUUGAAACUAUAGAUGAGGAAAAAAAAGUGAUCACAUUCAAAGAAUUUGAAGGUGAUCUAGUGAAUAAAUAUGAUAAUUGGAAGGCAACUCUUCAUAUCGAAACAAAAGGUGAAAUUGAUUUGGUAAGUUGGACAAUGGAGUAUGAAAGGCCAAAUGAGAAUGUCCCUGAACUUAUAAAUUUGUUGGACUUUAUUAUUGGUAUGACCAAAGUUGUUGAUGAUCACCAUGUCAAGAUGAAUUUUAGUAAAAUGGGUCUAAAGUCUGUGUUGUGUGCCAAAAUAGAAAUGAAGGCUAAUAAGGAUGUGUUUCAUGAUGUCUUUACGAAUAAACCACACCAUGUCUCUACUAUGUGCCCUUUGCAUGUACAAGGUUGUGAGCUUCUUGAGGGUGACUUUGGAAGCAUUGGAUCCAAAAUUUGUUGGACGUAUACUCUUGAUGGAGAAAAGAAGAUCUCCAAGCAAGUAAUUGAAACUAUAGAUCAUGAAAAUAAGGUGCUCACACUUAAAGAAUUUGAAGGUGAUUUAGUUGAUAAAUAUGAUAAUUGGAAGAUAACUCUUCAUAUCGAAACAAAAGGCCAAAUUGAUUUGGUAUGUUGGACAAUGGAGUAUGAAAGACCAAAUGAGAAUGUCCCUGAGCUUAUAAAUUUGCUGGACUUUAUUGUUAGUAUGUCCAUAGCUAUUGAUGAUCAUCAUGUCAAGAUGAAUUGAUGAGAUCAUAUAUAUGCAUGUGAGGUUUAUAUAAGUAAUUAAAGAGUUGUUUGUUUGUUGUUUGAGAUUAUGGUAAAAAAUAAUCCAUGUUUGAGAGUAAGUACGUUUUAUUUGGUUUUAUCUUGGGUAAUUUGAUGUUUGUUGUGUCUUUCCCAUGUGAGUGAUACGUUAUCAACUAUGUAAUCUUUGUGUGGUGUAAUAAGACAUGGGUAUCAAGUUUAUAUAUUACUCCUAAUUUACAUA